AUGGAGCUGUUUUCUCUGGCUGGCAAGACUGCUCUAGUAACCGGAGGCACUCGCGGUAUUGGCCAAGCUAUCGCCACAGGGCUUGCUGAGGCCGGUGCAGAUAUUGUUCUUGUCCAGCGAAGUACAGAGGAGGGUGUUACAAAGCAGAGCAUCGAAGCUCUGGGACGCAAAUGCCACAUUGUGGUGGCAGAUCUGAGCGACCGAAGCAAUGUACAUGGCCUGAUUGCCUCUGUGACUGAGGCACAUCAUAUCGACAUCCUCAUCAACAAUGCCGGGAUCAUGCGACGAUAUCCCGCAACUGAGACUUCACAGGAGGUGCUGGACGAGGUCAUGGAGGUCAACUUCAACGGCCCCUUUAUUCUGUGCCGCGACAUGGGCAGAUACUGGAUCGAUAACAAGAUCGACGGCCGGCUUAUCAACAUUGCCAGUCUAUCCACAUUCCAGGGCGGCGUGAGAAUGGCUGCGUAUUCCUCCAGCAAGGGGGCAGUGGGCCAACUUACAAAAGCUCUUAGCAACGAGUGGGCACAGCACAAGAUUCGCGUCAACGCAAUUGCACCAGGCAACCCGGAUCAGACAUAUUACCAGUCCAUCGUGACACGCAUCCCCAUGGGGCACUGGGGGAAGCCGGAGGAUUUCAAGGGACCAGCCGUAUUCCUGGCUUCUGACGCAAGCUCCUACGUGUCUGGAGAAACGAUUGUGGUCGAUGGCGGGUGGAUGGCACGCUGA